AAGGAGACAGAUGCUUCAGUGGAACCAGCCGAGGCCGUGUCCCAAGGCAAAUGCCAGGGUAUGGGAGAAGAACGAGGGGCCGCGUGAAAGAAGUGCCGACAGUCUUUUGUCUCUCGUUAACAAAAAUUAGGUCGUUUAUGGAUGUGAGGUGAACGUACCAAGGAUGUCAGAUAGCGCGUUUAAAACGCGAGGGACAGAAAGAAAGCAAAGGAUGAAGAUGACGGUGAAGAUGACGGUGAAGAUGACGGUGAUGGUGAUGGUGAUGGUGAUGGUGAUGGUGAUGGUGAUGGUGAUGGUGAUGGUGAUGGUGAUGGUGAUGGUGAUGGUGAUGGUGAUGGUGAUGGUGAUGGUGAUGGUGAUGGUGAUGGUAAUGGUGAAGGUGAUGGUGGUGGCGGUGAUGGUGGUUGUUGUUGUUGGAGGAAGGUUGGGAAAGGGAGGGCGACAAAAGUCGAAGGAAACAGAGCAGUGGCAGGGAAAAUAAAGAAGUGAAUGGGGGAAGGAAAAUUUUGCUUAAAGACAACACCUCCAAAUCAUCGAAGACUAUGUGGGGGGCAUUCACUACUUAUACCCAGGCACAUCACCAGACCCUUCAUGGCCUCUUUCUAUAGAAUCUUCUCUUCCUGAGAU